GACCAAGUCAAGUCAGGUGCCCAAGCCAUGGUGGGGGUAUAUAUAGCCUGUCCCUGGCAGCAGGCAGCCAUCCUCAGCCGAUCUUCACACCGUCAACAUGAAGCUUACGCUCCUCAUCUGCCUGGUCGCCGUGGCCGCCGCCGCCCCAGAUAAAGACGCUACGACAUUGCUGGACGAGCGAAGUGACUCCGGAGACGGGAACUUCCGCUACAACUUCCAAACCAGCAACGGAAUCUCCGCCCAGAAGACUGGAACCCCGGGCUCCGAGGGCCAGAGCAACUAUGAGGGCUCCUUCAAAUUCACCCUUGAAGACGGCACCGUCGCUGAGGUCCGCUACAUCGCCGACGAGAACGGAUACCGACCCGAGUCUGACUUGCUGCCCACGCCCCACCCCCUACCUGCCCACGUCCACGAACUCCUCCGCAUCGCUGAAGAACAGCGCCGACAGGGCAUCACCUUCGACAAAUAGUUACAAGGUCGACCUGAUCCUCGACCUUUCUGUAACUUACUGACCUUCCUGUAUAUAAUGAACUCGUGACCGCAGCUUUGGGGUGUCCUCCAGCGCGUCAGACCCUAGACACAAUCAAACGUCAUCACAAGUGUACAAUAAAUGUAAUAUUUGCC